UAUAUAUAUACAUAUGUAUAUAUAUUGGUCAGUUUUAGAAAAUAAAUGUGUACCUCGUGUUGAUUUAACGUCACAAGUCAAAUUCCAUUGAUGACGGUAUAUCUCAUGAAUAAAAGUAUUUUUAUUGUUAUUAUUUUUUCGAAUAGUGUUCUUUUGUGCUCGCAAUAAAUAUGUAAAUAAAAAUAUUUUGGGAAAGAAAAGGAGAAAAAAGGAAAAGAAAAGAAAAAAAAAAAAAAAGAAGAAAAAGAAAAUGUUUAAUCUCAACGUUAAUUUAGAAAUGUGCUACGCGACACGAGGUGAAUUAAGUGAAUUCGAUAAAGAAAAAAUCAUCGUGUAAAAGAAUUAUUUCUUAAACAUGUAAUCUUUCUUCUUCGCGUGUAACAUUGUAUUAUUGUAUUUAAAUAAUGGUGCUUUGGAUUAUUUCCUUCACGGCAAUUGUUUUGCACAUUACUAUUGUACAAAGUAAGCUAGUACCACAAAGUAAUUGUGCCCUUUAUAAUGGUAAAAUAUGCAAAAAAUAUCUCACAGGGAUUGGAAAAGUAUGGUUUAAUAGUUCAUUUGAUAAUCCUGGUGGAGAGUUGAACGAACAAAUAACAACUGAUUUAUGGGAAGAAAUAAUAGAAACUCUUGUAGAACCAUGUCGUUCAGCGGCUGAACAAAUGCUAUGCUUAUAUGCCUUUCCACGGUGCCACGAAUCAAAAGGACUGCCAUUGUGUUAUGAGGAUUGUGUAGCAGUACAUCAUUUUUGUUUCAAUAAAUGGAUAAUAAUUGAGGACCAAAAGCAAAAAGGUAUUUAUAUCAGGUCACGUGGCCAUUUUAGUUUACCAGACUGUCAAAGUUUACCAAGAAUAGUCAAAGGGAAAGUCACUUGCUCUGAGGCCCAUUUAACUGAUAUAAAAGAAGAACUUGUCACUUAUGACUGUAUCAAAGGUAAUGGUAGAUAUUACAUGGGAAUAUUGAAUAAAACAAAAGGUGGAUUAGAUUGUCAACCAUGGAGUGCUCAAGUUCCACAUAAUCAUGAUAAACCACCAAAUAUUUUUCCACAAAUUCAAAAGGAUGAAAAUUAUUGUAGAAAUGUAGAUGGGAUUGAAUCUAUGCCAUGGUGUUUCACUAUGGAUCCUGAGACACGCUGGCAACAUUGUGAUAUUCCUAUAUGUGAUAAUACCACAGAUACAAUAAUUGAAAUUGAUCCAAAAGAUUUGACAAUAUAUACAAUUAUCACUCCAUCAUUUAUAUUAGCACUAUCUUCAUUGGGAUUUAUAAUCAUUGCUGGGACUGUACUUUUUAUACUUUUAAGGCGAAGACUUCAUAAAAGACAUCAAGGAUAUAAUCCAACUGAAAGUCAGGAUGUUAACAUUGAUUUGGACAAAUUGCCAAGCAAUGAAGCAUACCAUAAAACAAGUGCAAAGCUUAAUCCAAAAUUGGAGAAACUUGAAUUUCCACGAAAUAAUAUUAUUUAUGUACGAGAUUUAGGUCAGGGUGCCUUUGGUCGAGUAUUUCAGGCAAAAGCACCUGGUCUUGUGCCAGGUGAAGAAUUCACAAACGUUGCGGUAAAAAUGUUAAAGGAGGAAGCAUCAGAUGAUUUGCUCGUAGAUUUUGAAAGAGAAGCAUGUUUGCUUGCAGAAUUUAAUCAUCCAAAUAUUGUUAAAUUGUUGGGUGUGUGUGCAUUAGGACGUCCAAUGUGUCUCCUAUUUGAAUAUAUGGGACGUGGUGAUUUAAAUGAAUUCCUACGCUCAUGUUCGCCCGGGAAUUACAUUAUUCGAAGCUUAGAGAGAGAUGGUACAUUCACAGACUCUCAAUUAUCGCAUAUGGAUUUAAUUAAUAUUGCUUUGCAAGUAGCAUCUGGAAUGGUAUAUUUAUCGGACAGAAAAUUUGUACAUCGUGACCUUGCAACUAGAAAUUGUUUAAUAAACGAUCAAAUGAUCGUGAAAAUUGCGGAUUUUGGAUUAUCACAAAAAAUAUAUCUUCAAGAUUAUUAUAAAGGCGACGAACAGGAUGCUAUUCCAGUUAGAUGGAUGCCACUUGAGAGCAUACUUUAUAACAAAUACACUGUUGAAUCUGAUGUAUGGGCUUUUGCUGUAUGCUUGUGGGAAAUUUUUAGUUUUGCGCUUCAACCAUAUUAUGGAAUGACUCAUGAAGAAGUUGUUAAGUACAUCAAAGAAGGCAAUGUUCUUCAAUGUCCUGAUAAUACACCUUUAUCAAUAUACGAAUUAAUGAAACUUUGUUGGAAUAGAAGACCAUCCGACAGGCCUACAUUUAGAGCAAUUUAUGAACGACUCGAUACAAUAAAACACGAAAUAGAAGCAGAAAAUAAAAAGGAUAGUGUGGCUUUGCGCAUUCAUGUCUGAAUAAAAAUCGAGUAGCGCAUGAUUAAUUAUAUAUAUAUAUAUAUAUGUAUAUGUAUACAUAUGCAUAUGUAUAUAUACAUAUAUAUAUAUAUGUGUGUAUAUGUAAUAAUUAAUAUAUUACUUACUCCACAUUAAAGGUAAGUAAUUAUUAAAAUGUAAAUGUUACAUACAAAGGCCUUCUUUGUUAUAUUUGUUAUGUCACGUUAAUGGCAUAUCGCUAAGAAUAUUUAUAAAAAGAAAAGAAAAAAAAAAUGUGGCUAUUACAUAUAUUAGUAAUAACUAUGUUGAUCUGAGAAUAUCAUUAGCAGAAUGCUUUUGAGUACAUGCAAAAACUAAUUCAUACGUUUAUUGUUUUCUGGAUAAAAAGUAAUUUAAUAUCCUAAUGGCGUAGACGUAUAGAAAUAAUUCUAUAUCUUUACAUAAUGAAAAAAAAAAAAAAGAAAAAGAAAAAAAAAUGCUGUAUUUGAAUUAAACAUACAUGCUUGAAAUAUCGUUUAAAAUUCUAAAAUAUUAAUAAUUGCAAGGACUGAAAAGAUUCUUGUGGGAUUGAUCAGCUCCAUUAAAUCAUUAUUGCAAUAGGAAAUCUUUUUUUAAUUUCACAUGUAACAUUCUAUUGUCCUAACUAUUCAUAUUUAUAAUCAGUGGUGUGAUAUCAUAAAUAUGAGCGGCUAUUAUUUAGCGAAUACACGUAAAUAACCAUAAAUAUUAUACAAAUGUUUUAGGAUGAUUGUAAAAGGAAAAUGCCCUAAUAUAUUUACAUUUUCUAUAUCUUUAUAUGUUUUGCUAUGCAGAUUUAUAUAUAUAUUUAUGCAAACAUUCCAGAACAGUAUGUCAAUCAUAAUCCAAUAUUGUGCAAAAAGUAAUGCUUCAUGAUUCAUAUAUAUAUAAUUUCAUAUAUAUAUAUAUAUAUAGUUUCAUAAAUACUCAAAUUGAAUUUGUGCGUAUACAUAUAUGCAUGAACAUUAAAUGCAUUUUUUUUGUUUACUUGCAAGUUACAUGAGUAUAUGUAUGCAUGUACAUUAAUUCAAAGGAAUGCUCAUACAUUCCAUUUUCAUUUAUUUAAAAAGAUUAUUUUAAUAAUAUAAUUAUAUACAGAACAGAUAAAACAGAGAUAUAACGCAAGAUCUAUUAAUUUAUACUCUGAACUAAAUAAACUUAAGACUGAACAAAAAGAUAUAUGACCAAAGUAAAAAAAAAAAAAAAAAAAAAAAA